UCUUGGCCAUUGAAUGCAGAUUACGCCUUUCCUAAUAGGGACAUGUCGAAUUGAGUCAGCGGAGUUCUACUUUUCGAGGACGAGAGAUCGUACUAAGUGUCAACAGUACGUAAAUACACACCUAUUACCGCUGUGGAUGGGGGAAUUGUAGUUUACGGAUUUCAUUUAGCAGCGAAGCGAAACACUAGACAGUCGUCUGUUCGGCGGAAGCUAAACGGGAUAGUUCGCACUGUGACCGAUAAUAUCCCGUGUUGCUUGCCUUAUCUGCCUCCCUCGAAUCUGGAGGUGUUGUGCUCUAUCGGUUUGUUGUCAUAAUUCGACGACUGGUGUCACGUCUGAUAUUGUCUCUGGCAAACACCACUUGUGUGAUUUCAUUUGGAUUUGUUAAUCAUCGACGAACUACACAAAACUGCCUCGUUUUAGCGCGGCUUUGUGGAACCCAAUGCUCUUGCUCGGACGGAUAGGCCUAGAUCUACAACCAUGAGUGUUCAGGGACAUGUAUUCAACCCGCGCUAAAGUUUGAAAUCUUUGAAGAACCCAAGAUUUAUUUGUGUGUUUCAAGAUUGGAUUGUAGCUAGAUACAAUGGCAUUUAUCGCAGACGCAGGGAGAGUGGAUGGGUCAUGGGAACUCACGAUCACCGUGACGGAUUUGCAAGUUGAGAAAACGCUCCGUGUAAAAGGAGAUCUGCAUAUCGGAGGCUUGAUGCUAGAACUCGUUGAGGCACUAGAUAUUGCCUUGGAUUGGUCAGAUCACUUAUUAUGGUGGCCGGAAAAGAACAUGUGGUUGGAUCGCACACGGUCAACUCUAGACCAGUACAAUGUCCAGGCCGAUGCACGCCUCCAUUUCACACCAAUGCACAAAAAUCUUCGAGUGCAGUUACCUGACUUGCAAGUUUUGGAACUUCGUGUUGACUUUUCUUCUCGAGUUUUCGCUGCUGUCAUCAGCUUGUGCAAGGAGCUAGGUAUCCGCCACCCCGAGGAGGUCUCCCUCAUGGUCCGGAUGGACAAGGAUGACCUCAAGCGAGUGGUCAAGGAAGCAGUCCGGAAAAAGAAACACGGAGAAUCGAAUGUGUCCGGGACACUCAGUGCUAAUGGAACCCUCCAGUCUUCAUCGGGCAGCCUGGACGGGAAACUCAGCCCCUACCCCAGUCGGAGUCCCAUCGGACCCUCACCCUCGAAUACCCUGAUCCGCAGCCCCCACAGUAUGUCGUCGAUGUCUCCGUACAGCACGUUUAACGGCACCAUGUCCCCGGGGUCCAUGUACAGCCUCUCCUUCGAGGGUAUGAUGGAGUCGUCACUCGCCAACAGUCCCCCAGUCGCGGCCAAGGAGGCCUUCCAGUACUUGUACAGACCAAAGAACUUCACAGAAAAAGCCAGGAUUAACUGCGCGUGGCUGGACUCGUCCCGGUCGUUGAUGGAGCAGGGGGUGAGGGAGAAUGACUACAUCCUCUUCAAGUUCAAGUACUACUCCUACUACGACCUCAGUCCUAAGUACGAUGCAAUCCGUAUCAACCAGGUGUAUGAGCAGGCCAAGUGGGCACUGAUGGCGGAGGAGAUCGAGUGUACAGAGGAAGAAAUGAUGAUGUUCGCGGCUCUACAGUUCCAGAUUCAGCGGCAGUCGGGUCUGCCCCAGCCGGACCUUGAGACCAUGAACAAUGAGGAGGAUGACAUUGACGCCGCUCUCAAGGACCUCCAGGAGUCUCUGGAGGGGACCUCUGUGUCCAACGCCGGUGACAUCACACAUAUACCAGAACUCGGAGACUAUGUCAAGUUCCUAAAGCCGAAGAGAAUAACACUAAAAAGUUACAAGCGGUACUGGGCGACAUUCAAAGACACUCAUAUUGUGUUCUUCCGAAGCCGAGAGGAAAGCAACGGCCCUCCAGUGAUGAGGAUAAAUGUCAGAGGCUGUGAGUGUAACCCAGAUGUCAACCUUACCUCUAAGAAAUAUGGCAUCAAGUUGUUUGUACCGGAACAGGACGGAAUGCAGGAAAUCUGCCUUAGGUUUGAGCUGGAGGAGCAGUACUGUCGGUGGAUGGCGGCGUGCAAGUUGGCGUCGAAGGGCAAGACGAUGAUGGACAGCUCGUACGAGAGUGAGGUCCAGGCCCUGCAGACCUUCCUCAGUAUGCAGCAUCCUGCGACGGUCCCCACCAUCUCCGCCAACGAGAUCAACAUCCAAGCAGAAGACUUUGUAGCGCCACGAUUCUACAAGAAAAUCAAAUCAAAAUCGCUGGUACAGAGGAUAAUGGAGGCACACACCAACGUCCAGGGCAUGAGUCUCAUCGAGGCCAAGCUGGCGUACAUCCGGGCGUGGCAGGCGCUGCCUGAGUACGGCAUCACCUACUUCCUCAUCAAGAUGUCCAACAGCAAGAAGGAGGAGUUGAUUGGUGUGGCUUCCAAUAGGAUAAUCCGGAUGGACCCCAACACCGGCGACUCCAUCAAGACAUGGCGCUACAACACGCUCCAGUCAUGGCACGUCAACUGGGAAAACGAAAACGUCAUUCUCAACUUCGAGGAGGAGCGAGUCACAUUCUCGUCAAUAGGAACCCCUUGCAAAGUGAUCCACGAGUUUAUCGGAGGCUACAUAUUCCUGUCGAUGAGAUCACAGGACAAGAACCAAUCAUUGAACCAGGAACUAUUCCACAAGUUGACAGGUGGCUGGUCUUGAGGCCGCCUCAGCCAAUCAGAACUCUCCAUUCAAUAACAGUGCCUCUUUAUGGAAGUGGUUGCCAUGUCAACAGAAAUCUGCCUGUUGCCAUAGCAAUGAGUCCAUGUCGGCAUGGCAACCGCUCCGGGUUCACUGCUGUCAGUCAUAGUUGUUUUGUUUGUUGCUAGGCUGGUCCCAAGCAAGCUUAGGGCCUUGUCUUAGAUUAUAAGAUUAUUAUCUGUUAAGUGUAUCAUAGCUAAAUACUACGACUCUGUCCUGUGCCACAUAUGAACUGGAAUUGUUAAUAGCGACAGCCAUAAUGCUUCAUGCCAUCGUGGUGGUGUGAUGACGACUUUUACAAAUACAAAAUGUUUUCCGCACUGACAUUUUCUCUGAGAGAAGAACGCAGUCUGUGUGCCUGUUCGGGAGGUGUUUGACUUGGAUGGGAUGGCCCCAGUGUUUGAACACUUAGUAGGAAGUGAACAGCUUUUCAACAUAGUGCUUGCUGAGGAUGGAACACUAGUUCUGUUGAAGAUGGACACUGUAGUGCUUGUUUUGUAGAACACAUCGGACUGAGAAACUUGGGACAUUCGGUGGAAGUAGCAGUUCUAAUGUGGGUAGAUGCUUUAGAGAAGCUGGCCGAGAAAUGACUUGGUGUGUGUGUGGUGAGGACAGCUGAUGGACUGGUGCGGAUCAUCAGAGGACAUCUCUGAUGAUGAGUGUCAAGGAAUACUGUCAUCAGGGGUGGAUAGGGACCCUCUGUGUGACUCGCCGAGUGACAAGGAUAAAACUAAUUAGUGAAGGCCUGAUUCUGCCCAUGCUAAGGAAACACUUUUUCCGGUUUACAGAUUUGACUGACUGGAACAAAAAGCAAAAAUCAGAAGAUAAUGUGAAAAUACAUUAUUAUUUUUUAUGCCAGUGGAUAAAAGAAUAUGUGUAAAAUAUAUUGAACUAAUUUAUAUUUUCCUGACCGACCCAAGCUAUUGCUGAGCCAAAAUCUGUAAACUGUAAAAUAAAUGUGUGGCCUUGGCUAUCCAUGGCCUAUGCUAGAGUCUUCUAGGGCAUCUUGUGAGAGACCAGGAGCUGUGUUCUGUUUGAUGUAGUUAUACACUCACUCAGCAAGCAGAGGAAAAUAUCCGAGAGUAGAGGACCGCCAUUUCAGGACACAGUCUUUACCUAUCACAUUACAAGGGUGCUUAGUGGAUGUAUAUUUAGGCCAGUGUCUGUCAUAUAUAACAGGAAACCAGUAUCAUCUAAAAUACCGCUUCCGUAUAACCAUCUAUCACAAUUCUCUCUUUUGGCUGUUGUUCCGAUAUAUUUCAAUGUUUGUCAAAAUACCAAGUUGUUAACUAAAUAUACUACCAGCAUAUUCCUGUGAUGGAAACUGAUUAAUAUGGCAUGUUUUAUUAAAAAGUCAACAAUAUUAGACUAUAUACUUCUCCAAUACUAAGAUUGAAAAACUGUGUAAAAGCGUUAUGUACAUACUGUGCUUAGAAAUAUAUUUUAUUGUGGAAAUCGGACGUUGAAAUACAUCACGAAUUAUACUUGGUUUGACGAUGCCAAGAUGUUGUUAAUGAUAAAUAUUGAUAACUGAUAUGUCUAUCAAGGUAUUUAUUAGUGGUUUGAUUUAUUAACCAAUAUGUAUUAGUUGUCAUGACAACCCCGUGUGUUGAGGAAUUCAUCAGUCACUAUAAGGGGUGCAAUUACAUUGGUGCUGAGUGAUGAUGAUGAUGAUGAUGAUGAUGAUGUUGCUGGUCAUGUGAUUAUUAUACACGCUGUCAUAACCGGUUUGUACAGUCAGUUGAAUGAAAUGUUUGUCGUAAUUGUUAAACCUGUUGGUUAUCCAAAUUCUACGAAUAAUUUAGUUAAAGGAAAUGUAUUUUUGAUCGUGUAAGAAAUAUUGUAAAUUUCAAUUGUGUAAAAAAUAUCGUAAUGGUAUUGAAGAAUGGCACCUGCAUUAAGUGCAGAUUACAUCGGUGUGUUAAAGUUCAUAAAUACUCAAAAACUACUCCUAAAGUGAAAUAAAAUAGAUUAAGUCUCAUUGUCGCAUAAUAAUGUGCCCAACAUCUUUUUGUUGUCCAAUCAUUUUAACAAACUCACAGCACGGCUGCUUGUAUUGUAUAAAACUCAUCAGACGCGGACAUUUGCCGUAUUUCCUUCGAUCUCUUAACGAAGUUCCAAUGAAACAUACCUCAUGAUAUUAGCUAUUGGCUAUUCUAGACUAAUUACAAUAAUGUGGAUGGUAGCGAUCACUAGGGCCGAACUGUAGCCUGUACCUACCUAUAUCAUAUACAACACUUUAAUAUAAUAAAUAUAUCAACGCAAUAAACAUUGACCAUUGUAUAUGAUUCAUUAUCACGUGGUUGUCAGUGAUUUCCUGCAGUGUUACAGCUAAAAUAUGCUGACUUGGCAAUCUGUCACUCUAUCAACAACACAUGGAUUCUGUUUUUAUAACGGAUAUUUUGUAAAUAUUUAUUAAUAUUUGCAACAUAAUAUGAAUUGCCUGUGACAAUUAUGCAGAUUACUACCCUACACCAAUGUUAACGGACCUAUAACCCGUGCCAUUUCUUAAUGCUUUCGUCAUCUACGAGGAUUGCAGUUUUUAGCCUAUGUUUUAUUCCGUCAUACCCAUCUGCAGUUAAGUGCCUUUUGUCUUUGCUGGGAUAUGCAUACUUCUGUUAUAAUUUCAAACUUUAUUCCAUCUACCUGUGUUCUGGAGAAACUGGUGAAAUAUGUUAUCACUAGGUCACGCUGACCUAUUAAGUCACAGUGACAUAAACAAAAGGUCAAGGUCAUGUAAGGGUUAAGGUGACAAGGAGGUUAUUUUACUUUUCAAUUUAAGUCAACUUGGAAUGGAAUAUUUUCUCGAAUUUUUGAUAAAUAUUACUAAUCAAAACGUCUAUGUAAUGAUAAUAAGCAAUGGGAAAUAAUAUGAAGUUUUUUGUUGAAUUAAAAUAUUUGUUGAAAACUAUCACAAAUCACCAUUCUGGUAAGCCUUUCUGAUAUUUCAGUAAUGGGUUGUCACGGAGACAAAUGUUGCCAUGACCUUUGUGUUAUUUAUUUGCACCCUCCCCGUCUGUGUCCAUGUUGCAUUUGAAGUGCUGAUGGAGAUAACGCUGUCAUUGUCUCUACCUUGAUCUGUCUGUCCAUCUGUCUGUCUGCAGGGGAACAUCUACAGAGGAUCAUGUAUAUUGUCUUCCUAUUAAACAAAAGUCAAAAGCUG